AAAGCCUUGUGUUUUGGACUGAAGGAGGUCAUUAGAAAGUGAGGAGUGCGUACGGGCUGGUUCUCAAGGCGCAGAGACACCCAGUGACAGGACACACCUGAUGCCGGUGGAAGACAAACACUCAACUCCACCGUUUACUGUUCUAACCGCCGCGACAUGCUUCGUCUCGUCCUGCGGCUCAGGCCGUCGUCCGCCGGGCGCCACCGGCCCCGUGCCCUCCCGGUCGGGCCUGCUCCGCUCAGCACCCGCUCCGUGCCCGGUGCCGGUUCUCUGAAGCGGCUCCACUGCGGCCCGGGGUCCCGGACGGCGUGUCUGGGCUCCGGCUUCAGACACGCGGGGCUGCGGUGUCCCAACUACCAGGGCGCGCGCUUCUACAGCCUGCCGCCGCACCAGAAGGUGGAGCUUCCCGCGCUGUCACCCACCAUGCAGACGGGAACCAUCGCACGCUGGGAGAAGAAGGAGGGCGAUAAGAUCGGCGAGGGCGAACUCAUAGCAGAGGUGGAGACUGACAAGGCCACGGUUGGUUUUGAGAUCAUGGAGGAGUGCUACCUGGCAAAGAUCUUGGUUCCUGAAGGCACCAGAGACGUCAACAUCGGAGCUGUAAUCUGCAUCACGGUGGACAGCCCUGACCUCAUCGCAGCCUUUAAGGAUGUGACGUUGGAGUCUCUCCAAGCAGCCGGGGCCGGUCCUUCACCGGCUGCCUCCGCUGCCGCCCCGGGCAGCUCCUACCCCCCACACAUGAAGAUCACACUUCCCGCGCUCUCUCCCACCAUGACGAUGGGAACGGUGCAGCGCUGGGAGAAGAAGGUGGGGGAGAAGCUGAGUGAAGGAGACCUGCUGGCCGAGAUCGAGACCGACAAGGCGACCAUCGGUUUCGAGGUGCAGGAGGAGGGAUACUUGGCCAAAAUCAUGGUGCCAGAGGGAACUCGGGACGUUCCCCUGGGAUUGCCGCUCUGCAUCAUCGUACAGAAAGAAAGCGACAUCGCUGCCUUCAAGGACUACGUAGAGACGGGCGUGGCCGAGGUCUCCGCUCCGGCUCCGCCUCCGGCACCGGCUGCGGCUCCGGCGGCGGCGGCGGCGCCCGGUCCUGCAGCCGCUGCCCCGGCGGCACCCAGAAAGGGCCGCGUGUUCGCCAGCCCGCUCGCCAAGAAACUCGCCGCCGAGAAAGGAAUCGACCUGGCGCAGGUCAGCGGCUCGGGUCCCGACGGCCGCAUCACCAGGAAAGAUAUUGACGGUUUCGUUCCACCAAAGGCUGCACCCGCCGUAGCUGCUGCUGCUCCACCUCCAGCUGCUGCUGCUGCACCUUCAGCUGCAGCUCCUGCCGCUCCAGCUGGGACCUUCACAGACGUCCCGAUCAGCAACAUCCGCAAGGUCAUCGCUCAGAGGCUGAUGCAGUCCAAGCAGACGAUCCCCCACUACUAUCUGUCCGUCGACGUCAACAUGGACCAAGUGAUCGAGCUGCGGAAAGAUCUCAACGCUGAGGUGAAAGCCCAGAACAUCAAGCUGAGCGUGAAUGACUUCAUCAUCAAAGCCAGCGCUCUGGCCUGCCUCAAGGUCCCCGAGUGCAACUCGUCCUGGUUGGAUACGGUCAUCCGCACGAACCACGUGGUGGACCUGAGCGUCGCGGUGAGCACGCCCAACGGCCUCAUCACGCCCAUCGUCUUCAACGCCCACGUCAAAGGACUGGCCGCCAUCAGCGCCGACGUGACGGCGCUCGCCGCCAAAGCGAGGGGAGGAAAACUGCAGCCGCACGAGUUCCAGGGAGGAACGUUCACGAUCUCUAAUUUGGGAAUGUUUGGCGUGAAGAACUUCUCCGCGAUCAUCAACCCGCCUCAGUCCUGCAUCCUCGCCGUCGGCGGCUCCGAGAAACGACUGCUGCCCGCCGACAACGAGAAAGGGUUCGAUGUCGCCAGCGUGAUGUCGGUGACGCUGAGCUGCGACCACCGGGUGGUGGACGGCGCGGUCGGCGCCCAGUGGCUCGCCGAGUUCCGCAAGUUCAUGGAGAAACCCGUCACCAUGCUGCUGUGAAGGGACUGAACCGCCGUUACAAGAAACUGCAGCGACGGGCAGGAGGCCUCUCACCGGAGAGAUCUGAUUGGUCCGACCGGUCCGGAGCCUCCUGUGAUUGGCCCUCUGCCUCCAGGUCACUCCCAGGGGGAGAGGCGCAACUCGAGACACUUACCUGGCUCCUUCUGUCUGUCUGUCUGUCUGUCUGUCUCUCUCUCUCUCUCUCUCUCUCGCACUCAUUCGCUAUUUAUUGACGCCCCUUUUCAAGAGACCAGAAUUAUUCGAAUUGAUCUGGAAUAGAGAAACCGGUCUUAUGUCACCAACACAUUCAUGAUACAAGGUGUGUGUGUGUGUGUGUGUGUGUGUGUGUGUGUGUGUGUGUGUGUGUGUGUGUGUGUGUGUGUGUGUGUGUGUGUGUGUGUGUGUGUGUGUG